CUGUUUAGAUUAUAAUAAAAAACUUAAAUAUCUGAAAGGCAUCGUUGAUUUUCUCAAUAAAUUCGGAGAGAAGAAUAAUAAAAUGAAAAAAUGGCGUAAAGAAUCGGUAAUUCAUUAUUCAUUUAUGUCAUAUUUGUUCAAAAGGUGCGCAAUCUCCACUUUACGUGGAUGCGUGUUUUUUGGGUACGGUAUGCUUACAUCAGUACAUAUCGCUAUAAACGGUUGUACUGUGCUGUUCCGCUGUAAGAUUAUAUCUCACGCCGAUUUUACCUGUAAUUCUGAUACAUCUUCAAUUAAAAAGGACAUGGAGCCUAAAAAGGAACCGGACCAAUCACCAAAAAACAACCAACCCAGCGAGGCUGAAUUACAAUCCCCAGACCAAAUAAAAUCGGAGGAAGGCAUAGAGCAGCAAACCCAAAUCUUCAUCAGCCAACCAAAUCAACCCGACCAACUGCUACAAGCACGCGAAAUGCCCCCUUCAGUUAUCAGAAGAAACAUCAUCACACCCGCUGGCAUAAUCGUGGCUACUGACCAACAAGUCGAAGUACAAUCCGAAGAAGUUGUUGAUGAAACCUCUGGCACAUCUCAAGAAAUGAGUCCGGAAAAUGAAAAGAGCAGUACCACAGUCUCGUAUGCUACCAUAGUUCAGGAAACGACAGGUACGAAUGACAGUUUCGGAGAAGAAAAACAGUUCAUAGUUACAACGGAAGCGUCUUCCGAUACAUUCCAAGCACAGGCAAAUUCUUUUCCUCCUGAUCAGCUGGUUAAUUUUACAAUAACUCAGGACGGAGAACAUGAAAUACCGAUAGAGAACGCUUCGAUUGAAGCUCAAGGAAACUACACGAAUUUAGAGACUGCCCAGUUUCAAGGUAAUGGACAGUAUCCUACGGAUGGGUCACACUACUUACAGCAACAUCAUCAGUAUGGGGGAAUUCCGUUUUCUGUUGAAAAGAGUAACGGAGGAAGCCCACCAGCCAACAAUUUGCUUUAUAGAAACAACGAUCCGACGUUAGCAUCAUCUAGAUAUGCGGAGAUCCGUACCACUCCCAACUUCGAGCAACGAAUGAACCAAAUCACCACGUUCACCUCACCAUCGUCCGGUCAAAGCUACCAAAUCACAGCCCCGUCGACCGAAUCGUGGCAAACGGCCACCACCCAGUACAACCAAGGCUACCAGAGCCCGGUAGCCGCGGGAGUAAACCUAGUACCGCAAGCAGACAGCACGGGCGGCCCAUCCCAGCAGUACUACAUCACCACCCAGUGGCCUGCCCCGGGAAACAAUAUGGAAGAUGGUGGUGCUAGCGUGGGCACUUCUGGCGGCCAACACCAGCAGCGAUCUGGCACAGAGGUACUUGUCAAAGAAUGCGUCAAUUGCGGUGCUAGCGUCACGCCUCUGUGGCGUCGCGAUGGUACCGGCCAUUACCUGUGCAACGCGUGCGGCCUCUAUAACAAAAUUAAUGGUGUGAAUAGACCGCCGAUUAGGCCGACCAAAAAGCCACAGGCGACUGGCAACAGAAGAACAGGAGUUUCAUGUGCGAACUGUAAAACAGUGAACACGACACUUUGGAGAAGAAAUAAUCAAGGUGAACCCGUAUGCAAUGCUUGCGGACUAUACUUCAAGUUACACAACGUGAACAGACCAAUUAGCAUGAAGAAAGAGGGGAUCCAAACGAGAAAAAGGAGGCCAAAAAAUUCCAACAGCAAUCAGCAACAUCCCAACAGUCCAACCACAUCCGGCAUGCACCAACAAAGAAUGAAUGCCACCCCUUUGUACUAUCAAAAUAUUCCCCAAGAGAUUGAGUUACCUAGUGACCAGUAUCAGCUACCCCAAAAUGUGGUAGUCAGCAAUCUCUAUCCAACACAGUACCAUAGAAAUCAACUUCAAAGCGUUGAACAUUUGACACGUCAAAUGCCCAACAUUAAUGUCCAGCCUCUGCAGCCAAUUAUGACAACGGACGAAGACCAUCAGCAUACCGUGAUCCUGUCAGCUCAGUCAGGACAAUACGAGGAUGUUGAAGAGGACCCCGAUGAGAAUUCUUAAUUAUAACUACUAUUCUUAAUUUAAAAUUAUUUAUUUUUAGACGAGAAAAUGUCUAGUCUAUUAGUAUCUUAAAAUUUGCCUUUUUAUCGUAGUUUUAUCCGUCGCGUCGUUAGCGUAAAAUAUCAGGGCCGGAUUAAUCAAUUAAAUUUUGUAAAAUAACAAAAUCUGUUAAUCUGCUUUGAUUUCACAGAGUGAGAGUAACGAUCAGAAAUUACUGUUCGACACGUCGACAGGGUGUUUCAAAAAAAAUGUGCCAUCUCUCGUAGGCAGAUUCCUCUCGCAAAAAUAAUAUUUAUUUUUCAUAUCAACAU